AUGACCCAUGCCCAGCAGUAUACAGUGGGCUGGGUGUGCGCCCUCCUGCUGGAAACGGCCGCCGCGAAGGGAAUGCUUGAUCAAGUCCACACAAACCUGCCCGAACAAGAUGCCGCCGACCACAAUAGUUAUGGUUUAGGCCAGAUCCAGGGACAUAACGUUGUCAAUGCCUGCCUGCAGGCAUCUACGGAACUACCUCGUGAUAGACGAGCAGUGUACGAGAAGAUCUUGGGCAGAAUCAAUCACAACCGACGACAAGAGGCACAAACCCUCUUCCACAUCGUCGUGGCCGCCCGUCGGCCGCUCACCGUCUCAGAGAUGAACGUGGCGUUCCAGCUGGCCACGGACGCGACGGACGCCCGGGCCCAAAAGAUCUAG